GCCUCACCGCCCCCGUUUCCAUUUCGCCGCAGCCCCUCCUCCGUCCCCGCUCCCCGUUGCCGUGCCCAUGUCGCGAGCGGGGGGCGAUGGCAUCGCCGCGUUGGAGCGGGCCGGGGCGGAGACGGUGAAGCGCGCGGUGGAGCUGGACCUGGCGUCUCGCUUCCAGGAGUCCCUGGUGUGCUACCAGGAGGGCAUCGACCUGCUGCUGCAGGUGGUGAAAGGAACGAAGGAUGAAGCAAAGAAGCAGCGGUACCGGCAGAAAAUAUCCGAGUACAUGACCAGGGCUGAAGACAUUAAAAAGCAUAUUGAGAAGGAGAAGCAAGAUGGCAAAUACCAUAAGCAAAUCAGGAUAGAGGAAAAUGCAACAGGUUUUGGCUAUGAGAAGCUUUUCCAGGAGUAUCUGACUGAGAUUGUUUCUGAAGUUUGGGUGGAGGACCCCUAUAUUAGGAGCAUCCAUCAGUUGUAUAAUUUCCUGCGAUUCUGCGAGAUGCUGGUUAAGGGGCCAUGCAAAGUGAGAACAAUCCACCUCCUCACCUCCUAUGAUGAAGGCAGUGGGAGGAAUCAACAGACAAGUGGCUUGGAAGAAAUAAAACAGUCAUUGAGGAAUCAUGGGAUAACACUUAACGUUGCAUUUUCGUCUUCAAUACACGAUCGAGAAAUUAGAUUCAACAAUGGAUGGAUGAUUAAGAUUGGAAGGGGUCUUGAUUAUUUUAAGAAACCACAGGGUCGUUUCAGCAUUGGAUACUGUGACUUUGACUUGCGACCUUGUCAUGAAACAACAGUGGAUGUCUUUCAUACUAAACAUACAAAGAAAAUGUGAUCAACUAUUACUGCUUUUAAUGAGUAUUUUUAUAAGCAUAGAAAUGUAAAUUUGUUCCACUUGGGUCCAACUGUCCAUCAUCAGAAGCAUUCCAGAAUAGGUACUUGCCCCAACACUGCUUUUAUAAUCUAUAGAUUUAAGAAUAUUUGUGCCUUUACAGUCUGAGAAAACACAGCUGUACCAUUCUCCCACUGUACUUUUUUAUCCUGUAAUCUUAAAGAAUACAGUCCAUGUGUAAAUUUGAGUUUAUAGAGAAGGCGUUUUAUAACAGGCUCAGUACUGUCCCUCAGAGGCCUCUUUACUGUUAUUUUUCCUUUUACUAUUAAUUUUGUUUGUCUUGAGCAAAUUUUGCAGGUUUUAACUUUAAUUGACCACCUCACAAACAUCUGAAGCUGUGCUACCAUUUCAACCCAUAUGUCCUCUUUUAUAAGCAGCCUAUGUAUUUUCUUGAAUUCCUGCAUUCUAGUCAUGACUGCUGUUCUGCUGUGUUUUAGUUGAUAAAAAUGUGAAAUACCUGAUGUAGUCUGUGAAAUACCUGAUUUCACAGACUACAAAUAGCCCCAAAUCUAGCAUUCCAUUCUCUAAGCUCCUUGUAUGCAAACAUUAUAGUGUUCAGUAUGCAGACAUGUUAGAGUCUUCUUCUGCAUCUCUCUGAAUGCUGGAUUUGGGGCAGAAAAAGAUGCAAACAAUGUUCUGGCUGUAUUCUUUUCAGUAUCGCUCGUAUGUGCUCUUUUAUUCCCUGCUGCAUUGUCAUAUAUCUGAUUUCUUUUCUUUGCAUUAGGCAUGGAAAAGUUGUAUGAUCCUCUGCCAGUCUUUCUCUGACUUGCAAGUUUAAUGCCUGUACUUCUAGUCCUGCCAGUCAGAACUGCAAUAAGUUAUUAAUAAGUUAGUUAUUGCCCUGCUACUAAGCUCCCUUUAAAAAAAAAAAAAAGUAGUAAUGUUUUUUAAAUUACUCCAGAGGUUGUAUAACCCCAAACUUUCUUGUUAAUAGGAACAUGCUAAUUGAAAAAACAUUACAGAAAAGUUUUCUUGUCUUCCCUUUGUCCUCUGGAAACUUGAGUCGCCUGAGUUGCAGCUUCCUUUCCUCCUAAAACAAGGUUUAUUUAUUUUUAUUUUAUUUUAUUUUAUUUUAUUUUUUUUAUUUUUUUUAUUUUUUUGCCAGCAAGAAGCCAUCAAGGCUGUUCAUUUUGACAUUCAGAACUGGCAGUGGCCUUUUUUUGCAGGUCCCUUAAAAAUUUUGCAACCUCAGGACUGGCAGGUGCCUUUCUGCAUCUUGCGAUACAGUAAGCCUCUCUAUUCUAGUUCUGAGCCUCUGUGUUGUGGUCCUGUACCAAUACCACAAGAGGCAGCCCUGGUCUUCCAUCUCUUGUAUGCUGUUAGAACUCUACUCUUUCCUGUUUCUUUUUCCUUAUGGCUGUUGUAUUCCGUUAUCCCUCUUUAAGUCUUGCCUCUAACAAAGCAGGUCUAUUCCACAGCUAUCAAGAAACUGCUGAUCUUUGCCUUGUUUUAUGGGUAACAGUUUGCCAAUGGUCUGCCUUCUUAUCUUUUUGCAUAAAAAUGUCUCAGCUUUUCAGUGUUGAAUCAGACAAAGAAUACUGUGUGCCACAGAAGCUGCACACUCCCAGGUCCCUCCAAACAUUCCAUAGAAAGUCCCUGUCUUCCUGCUGUGAUAAUGUGUGUAGUCACUGUCAUCAAUUUUAUUCAGUUGUAUAUAACGUAUGCAUAUUUUUAAUGGGAAUAAAGGUUAUUUUUUAUUAUUUGUAAUUUAA